GCGCGCACGCGCUCGCCAGAUCGCUCCGGCAGGUUGGCUGUACCCCAGCGGUCGGCUUCUCCGCCAGUCUUGUCGGUUCCGCCAGCCGCCUCCACCGGUCGCCCACGCGCCGUUCCAGUCUCCCGAGAAAACACUGGAACUGGUGUCAGCAAUGACGGCUAGAAGACGCUGUUCUGGUCACGGCAUGUAAGGGCCGGUGCUUCGCUCCACCUCGGCUGCUGUGAAAGCAUUUGAGCGCGCCAGCCCGAAGAGAAACCCUUGGGCCGCGAAUCGCCGACCGCACGGUGCUGGCGAACGCACAACCCUGGCCGGCGUCCACGCCGGCGCGCUCCGAAGGCAGAGUCGCCGCGCGAGAGUCGUGCUCUCCUGCACUCUGUACUCAGCGCGUGUGGUGCGCGGGCGUGUCGUCUCUUCUGCAGACAUCGGCGGAGACGUGCCCGCUUUGCCGGCCUGCGAAUUACCCUGUCCGUCCCGAGGUGCCCGCGUCGCUGGCGAGUGCGCAGGGAACCUCUGCCAAGCCCGGCGAAGACAGCCGUCCGGGUGCUGGCGAAAGCGCAGAUCCAUCAUCGCAUGAUCCCGACCGGGUGCCACACCACGUGCUGCCAUCUCCGACCCAAGAACCGAGAGUAGCGGCCUUGAAGUGCGAUGACGCCGAAGUAUCCCGAACCUGCUCCGAGGGCCAAGACAGCUCUGCAACCUUACCCCAGUCCACUAUGUCGGCUGCGAGUGCAUCCCGUGUUAGUGAUAGCGACUGCCUGGACUCUGUCAACGCUCGCCAGAACGGCGGCGAACUUGGGACCAUCUGCGACCCGUCCCCUGACACCACAGAAACGCUCGAUCUGGCGAUGGUGCCCUCCGGCCAGACGUCGCAGGUCAUCGUCGUGCAGGAAUGUGAUGGACCUCAUACCGUAGCAUACCCUCAGGCAUCAGAAUCAUCGCAUCAGAUUAACAAAGACCCAUAUGGUCUUCCUAAAGGAGACGUCGAACUGACUGAAACUCUGCUGAAAACUGCAGACCAUCGUGCCGAUCUUGGAGCAGACGACGACUCCGUAAGGUUGUCCUGCAAUGGGGCCGACCCGCUGCCGGCCAAGAUCGUGCGCGGCCCCGAGAGCGUGGUGGCGGUCAUCGGCGGCCACGUUCACCUCGGCGUCCUCUUCGUCGGCACGCCGCCUCCACGAGUCACCUGGACCAAAGGCGGCAAGUCCCUGCUGCCAGCCGGGGACCGCGUGCACGUCUCCAGCGAGAGACGCUGCAGCUCCGAGCUGCGCAUCCGGGACGCCUGCUGCGACGACAGCGGGAAGUACCAGGUGGUCGUGGAGAACAGUCUCGGGAGCGACUCCGGCUUCGCGUCCGUCAAGGUGGAAGGUCCCCCUGAUCCACCGGCCGAGGCCCCUCGAGCGGUCGCCCUUCCAGGCGGCGCCAUUGAGGUGACCUGGUCGUGCUCGCCGUUCGACGGCGGCUGUCGCAUCCAGCGCUACCUGGUGGACGCGUCUCCGGCGUCGGCACAGCCCCGCGCCUGGAGCCGCGUAGCCGCGGUGCUCAGCACCUGCUGCCGGCUCGCAGAUCUGCCGCCGGCGACCGCGUACGUGUUCGUCGUGCGCGCGCAGAACGCGCGUGGACUGAGCAUGGCGAGCGCAGAGUCGCCGCCCGCCGCGCCGAUGCCACCCGACGGGCCGUCCACCGCUGGAAGAGGCGACGACGGAGAGCUGGACGACGAGAUCACCGAACCACCAGGCCUUCCUGUUACGAUGCGGCCAGGAGAGGAGUUCAGCCAAAACUACCACGUGCACGAGUCGGUGGGCAGGGGUCGCUUCGGCGUGGUGCACCGGUGCACGCGGCUCGCGGACGGCACCGACGCGGCGGCCAAGAUGGUUCGCUGCACGCGCGCCGCCGAGCGCGACAGGAUGCGCCACGAGCUGGCCAUCUUGAACCUGCUCCGGGGACACCCACGGCUCUUACGGCUGCUGGACGCCUACGAAAAGCCACGGGAGAUCAUCCUUGUCACCGAAUACGUGUCCGGUGGAGAGCUCUUCGAGCGGGUUAUAGCCGACGACUUCGUGCUCACGGAGUGGGACUGCGUCCUGUUCCUGAGGCAGAUCUGCGCGGGCAUGGCCUACAUGCACAGCAGACACGUCAUCCACCUCGACCUCAAGCCCGAGAACAUCCUCUGCCAGAGCCAGGUCGGACACAAGAUCAAGCUGAUCGACUUCGGCCUGGCGCAGCUGUACGAGCCGAACUCUAGCCUCCGCGUGAUGUUUGGCACGCCAGAGUUUGUGGCCCCCGAGGUCGUCAGCUACGAGCCGGUCAGCCCUGCCACCGACAUGUGGAGCGUCGGCGUCAUCUGCUACGUCCUACUUUCCGGGUUGUCACCGUUCAUGGGCGACUCGGAUACGGAUACCUUCAACAACAUCGUCAGGGUGGAUUUCGACUUCGACGACCCAGUCUUCGAGACCAUCUCCGCCGUGGCCAAGGAUUUCAUGUGCCAACUCAUCGUAAAGAACCCCAGGAAGCGGAUGUCUGCGGAACAGUGUCUGGAGCACGAGUGGCUGUGUGUAGUGCCCAAGCGCGGCGCCAGCUCGUUGCCGCUACCCACGGACAAGCUCAAGAAGUUCGUCGUCCGCAGGAAGUGGCUGAAGAGCGGCAACGCACUGAAGGCGCUGAGCCGCAUGACAAACAUGAGCGGCCAGCGACCGGCUGCCCAAGGUGACGAGGCGUCCGUCCUGCUCGCCUGUGAGGAAGACGCGCCGGUCUCGCCGCCGCCUUGCGACACGGCACACGCCACCGUAGAAGAGGAAGACUCCAGUGCUGGUGAUAACUGAGUGUCCACCAUUACGGCUCAAAGGGCCUUUAGAACACAGCCCUUUUUUGAGAACCUUCGCGAGCACCAAACUCUGUCCCGCCAUUGUUUGCCCUCCUUCUGCCAUUGCCUUUGUAACGGUGAAUCACACUUUCUGUAUAACACUGUCUUUAAGUACUGUCUAAGUGUGCCAUGUUGCAUGUGUGUUUAAAUCUUGUUGUCGUUUGCUCACCUUCCCCUACUUACCCUGUGCGUAUAACCUCGUCUCCUGUGAUUGUGCUCGGGCCGUGAAAAUGAACAGUUCCUCAGAGCUAGACCAAAUUUUAGUAGUAUGCAGAAAGCCGAUGAGAUUUUCCAGGAAGUACAACGUUUUAUUUUUGUCCGAAUGUUUUUUCUUGUCAUAUUUAUGGCUGUAAGCUUAUUAAAGAGUAAAUAAAUUCUGCAAACAGG